UGAGGUGCUGUGUGGCCGGGGAGCUGGGGGAGGGGCGGCAGGCUUCCUGCCCUGUGCGCCUGUUACCCUCGGGCUCACCGCUCUGCCACGACGGGCCUGGAGGCAGCAGGGCAGCACAGGAGAGUGGUCAUUGCCCACAGCAUGCCCUGUGCUGGGCUGGAGUUGCCCCGGGCUGGCCAGUGGCACGGGACUGGGGGCCCUCGAAUUCGUGUGUCAUCUCAGUUAGCAAAGCGGCGGCUGCCGAGAUGGAGAGUGGAACGGCCCUGGGGGUAGGUGUCCGCUCCCUGGAUGUCCCUCUGUCCUGCUCAGGGGUCACGUCAGUGCUGGGCAAGCUCCCUGGAGGGCCUCUGGACCAGGAGGAGGUGCAGAGGCCCCUUUCGCCGGCCUGCCUGCAGCGGCAGCCUCAGCGGACUGCCCCGCACGCCCUGCUGACCCUGCUGGGAGCCUCGUCCUCGGGGAGCUGGUAUGUCCUGCAGGCAGAUCCAUCCCCCAGACACAGACCCCGCGAGGGGCCCAGCCUGCUGCGUCCCUCCCUCCUGCUGUGUCAGCCCUGCCUCAGGCCGCCGAGGGCUCCUGCAGCUGAUUGCAGGAGGACUUCCUCGAAGCUUUUCCCGCGGGGCCAUAUCUUCCUCCCUUGCACUCUUGACCACAGAGUGCAGCUGCCCUCACUGGUGUGGCCUGCUGUUGGCCAUUGGACUCUCCCAGCGAGAUCCUCCAGGACAGGGGCUGAGUUCGUGGCUGCAGGCUCUCCUGCGCAGAGCGCCAGGAAGAACGUGGAAGACGGCCUGCGGCUGGGCGUCUGGACUGCUGUCUCCACCAGCCGGGCCGACGCAGGAGGGGCGUGGGACCUCACAGGCCUUCCCAGGGACAGGCGGGCCCCCAGAGCCCAGGAGGAGGGCUGGCUGACCUUUAGAGCCUGCCUUGCCCCGUCUCCCAGCUUCACACCACCACCAGACAAGAUCUGGAAAGGGCCAGGAAUUGGACACGUUAAGUACAGCAGCGCGUGUCCCUGUCGUGGUUCAGUUCUGACAGCCUCCAAGGAACCCACUGCUGGGGAUCUGCACAGGUCACGGCCUGCGCUGGGAAAGGAGCCAUCCUGGGGACAUCUCCCCACUCCUCUGCCAUUUCCUAGCUCCGCCCUCCUCCCACAGCCUCAGCCUAGAGGCUCCAGACUCAGCACCUUGCCUGGGCUGCGCUCCCUCCUGCCCUGGCUGUUCUGGGCGAGUGGUGCUCAGGCUGGGGGAGAGGUGACCGAAGCUGCCACCAGAGACGCAUGUGGCCAGACGUCCACCUGUACCCAGGUGCCUGGGGAAAGCUGGCCUGAUCCCCACCCUCACAGGCCUCCUGCCACUGAGCUUCACUCCGGGUGAGGACACUCAGAUGCCCCCACCUCGGCCUCCAGCAUGCACAGGACAGUCUCAC